CUGAGUUCGAAUUAGGAUGCCUCGUAUGAUGCACACGCGCUGCUGCUCGUGUUGCUCCUCCUCGACAGACUUCGAUUCGAAGAGUGUAGCCUAAAGGGACUUCAACCGGAAACCAAACUUUUUUCUUCGAACUUUUUUUGUUGUUGCUCUGAAGCAAAAGAGGAAAAAGGAGACGACCCCGUGAUGUCAUAAAGUACACGGUUCCUUAUUUUCUUCAUUUACUACAUGGGCUGUUGGGAAUGUUACAGCUGCCGACCAACAGGGGAGAAGUAAACCGUUUCUGGCGAGGAUAAGGGCGACGUCGAGGGAUUUUUGGCUAGUCAACACUCACUUAACGGAUUUUGGUCCUUUAUCAUGGAAGAUGGUGCAAAAGGGGACCCAGCCCAGAGUAAAGAACCAAAGUUCCUGGGUAAGGCCGGCUGGGUGAAGAAGGCCUCUGGCAGGCUACUGGCCAGCUAUAAGGAUCGCUACGUUCAAGUGGAGAAGACAGAGAUUGUGGUGUAUGAAAAUGAGGACCUGCAGAACUGCUUAGAGAGGCUUGACCUGGAAAACUAUGAUAAAUGCCAUGAACUAAAGAGCCCCUUUAAGAGGAAGCACAGACUGAUUCUGAUCCGAUCACCCAAGUCUGGAAAUAAGGUCCAUGAUGUGAAGUUCCAAGCUCAGACUGCAGAGGAGAAGGAGGCUUGGAUUAAAGCUCUGGUCGAUGGCAUCAAUCGAGCAAGGAACAAAGUCUUUGAUGAGGUGAUGGUGGAUGAAAGCAGUAAUUUAGAGCAUGUUACUCGGACAAGGCCUAAAGCGAACCGUAACCGGCGGCCACCGACCAGGAUACACAUGAAAGAGGUAGCUGAUAUGUCAUCUGAUGGUACCCAGCGUUUGGAUCUUGAUCUUGAGAAUGCCUUAAUGCCUAAUGGGACCCAUCAAUCCAGUGUUGAUGGCGCUCAAAGCCCAGUAGAGCCACUCAAAGUCCCAACUCCUCCAUCCAAUGCCAGUGAAGCUGCGGAGCAACAGUCAGGCGCUAAGGAGGAAGCUCAUACUGAGCCAGAAGUCAGCCCCCAGAAAAAGGUCAUCAAACCUCCCAUGCCUCCUAUCAAAGAGGCUAAGCCCAGUUCAACAGCUGAGGAUGAACUGGAUAAGGAUGAUGGCCCAGAGAAAAAGGUCCCGCCUAUGUCUCCAUGUAAAGAAGCAAAGCCCUGUCCCUCGCCUUUUGAAGAAGCUCAAGAGGAGGCAAAAGCUGAGAAGAAUCCUGAUGCCAAGAAGAAGACAGGUCCACCACCAACCCCUCCCAACAAACCCAGCUCCAGCAGCUCCAUAGGCAACCUUGCAGAGGCCCCGCAGACCAGGCCAAACUCCUACCCUCCAACCCCUCCAUCAAAAGAGCAGAAACCCUCCCAUCUUGCUGUAGAGCCGGCUCAAGUGGUCCAAGGCACGGCUGAAGAAAAUAAUGAGAAGGAAGAAGUCGAUAAGGAGGAGGCGACAGAAACAGCUGUGGAAACAGAUGAGCCAGACCGGUCUGUUUCUAAAGAAGCUCUACCCAGUGUCAGAGAUGAUGAACCUGAGAGUCCCAGCGACAAGUCCCUGGGACAGGUUUCUGAAGAAGAAUCAGAAGAAACUAUAAGUAGUUGUGUUAACAAAGUAUCCGACGAUGAGCCCUUCAGAAAGAGCCCCAGUGCUUCUUUACCCCCCAAGAAAAAGCCAGAGAAACCUGUUCAGCCCCACACGCAACACACAGACAACAGCACAACUUUAACACAGACUAACAAGGGACAGGACCCUGCUGCAUUACUGCAAACUCCUCUAGCAGAAGAGGCACUACCCAAGAGUGAAGCCCGGCCAAUAGUUGUCUCUUUGAACAACCCGGUAAAUGACAGCCCCAGCCUGAGUCCGCUGCUCUGUCACUUGCCUGGGGAGAAGAAAAAGAAGACAGAGGAGAAGUCUGUAGACAGCGGUCAGCACUCGGACGCCGACAGCGAAGGCUCCGGGACUGAGGACACGCUGGCGGCUUCCACGGCCGCGUUGAGAGAAAGCCAAGCUGGUCUCGAUGUGUUGGACGCCAGCGAGGGCGACAUUCAGAUCCCUGUUAGUUUCCGCCUGACACAGACCCGAGCCAAGCCUCAGGUUAGACCAAAGGUCUUUCCCCAUCAGCACUCACAGCCUCCCACUCCUGCUCUCAAACCCUCAACCAAGGUCCGGUCUGCCUCCAUUGGAGAUCUGCUUUGUGAUUCUCCAGUGUGCAUUCAGGCGAGUCCGCAUACUAGAGCUGGGGCUGGAGGCGGCGGUGCCCCUUGUGUCACGGAACUUGAGACUGAAGUGGCGCUGGAGAUGGAAAAGACGAGGGAGCUCCUGAGAAGAGUGUCCCAGUCCCAGAGGGGAGGUGGCGGAGACAGUGUACCAGAGGAUCUGCUGCUCACGGCCAUGGAGAAGCUGAAGACAGCCGACAAUGUCCUGAGGGAGGUCAAUAAACUGAAAGUUGCAAAGAGCCCAAGCAUCAGGAAGAGCUGGUGAAUGAAUGUCAGUCAUAGCAGGUUGACUUAGAAUUAACCAUUUGCUAAACCCCUCUCCUGAACAGUGAUUGUCCAAUCAUAGCUUAGCAACCUUAAAUAGGCACAGCAAGCCUGUCAAGCUUUGGAUUUUCAUACUUUACGCUGUGCACGAUAUUCAGUUAGGGUUGCCACCCGUCCAUUAAAAUAUGGAAUUGUCCCAAAAUUCUAAAUAAAAUAGUGUGUCCCGUUCAUGUAGGAGCCAGAAGUCUGUAUGAAAUCAACGCGUGUGCGUGAUCACGGAAGGCUUAUAUGAUGUUGACGCGCCAACAGUGAUAUUUUCAUUACGUAGAAUUCCCCAUGGGGUUGACAGAAACUACGCACUAUAUUUAAUGUGUUUCAUAUUGUUUUGAACAACUUGCUGAGCUAACAGUAGCCUGUUUAGCUAGCUGAUACAAUAUGCCUGCGUGGGAGCAAAUUUUGAGGCACAAAGCUCCGUCAACGGUACAGAAUAGUACAAGCUCAAACGCUGAGUCUACAAAAUAAAAGGGUAUAAAACCCAUCACUGAAUUAAAUUAAAUCAAAAAGUUAGCUGCCCGUCGUUUGUGGCUAGCAGGGUCGCUGUGGGAGUGAUGGUGUAGAGGUGCUGCUGCUAUCCCUUUCGGUUAUGGCCGCUAGGUUUUCUGACUUAGGCCUUUUAGCCUGUGAUUGAUUAAUGAAGAAAUCCCAAAUGCAAUUUUGUGCCAUGUUAUAGACAAGCUAACGUCUGUACUGUUUACCCACUGGGAAAGUUACUAUCUUCACUCAUGAAUGAGUGUCACCUCUUGGCACAAUUGGCAGAUUCAUUCUGAUCAAAUUAUGUGUUUAUCUCACCAAUCAAAUUUUUUAAAUCAAAUUAAGAUUUAAUUAUAAUGAAAAAGGAGUAUAAAAUAAAUGUGGGUCAUUUUUAAUUAUGGUUGUAGUAUGUCUACUUUUUGCUAAGCACCCUCCACGCCCCUAGUUCCCGGCAACCAUAUAGAAAUAAGAAGCUGCUUUUGUCUUCCUCUGACUUAAAUCAAAGCCUGACAGGUGUAGCAAUAAUAACGGAUCAGGGUUUAGCAAACGGCCAUAUGAUGGACUUGGGCAGAAUGACAGAAAUGUCUUAUUUUUGAAGGUUAUGCAGCACAUGCAAGUGUUCACUCAUUAUUAAUGAAGUGCAAUUAUUUUAACUUUCUCUGCAGCUAAAGGUAACGCUCAAUGUUCUACUGUGUAUUGUUGAUUUCUUGUUAUAUAUGAAAUAAUGGGACAUCUUCAAGAAGGAUUACUUGAAAGUUAAUAAGAGAAUUAAUAAUAUAAUGGCAAAGCAGUACUGCAACAUACAAAAACGUAGUCAAAAGUGUUAAUACCAAAUGACACAACGUUUUAAUAGUUUAAUCUUCUUUGUGGAUCCAAGGGGCCUUUUCCCACAUUUUUAGAUGCUAUGUUUUUGCUGGCAGUUUAUAUGAGGGAAUUUAUAUUGUACAUAUUUUAAACUUGUACUUGUUUACUAGAUGAGGACCUAGCACAGGAGCUUUCUGAAAUUAAUCUUUUCAGACUAAUCAUGUAAUUAAAGCAAAAUAAAAAACUGCUACUCCACAUAUUUAGAAAGAUUCCAGUUUUGAUAUUAACGUUAUGAUAUUAAUGUUAAGGGUAUUGUACAUAGCACAGAACAAAGAGCUUGUAGUAGCCCCUUUGGCUCUCAUUAACCCGUCUUACAGUUCAACUUCACAUUCAUUUGAUUAUACGAUCAAUAGUAAGUCAACUCUUAACUCUGGAGAAUUUCCCCUUUUUGUGUCCGAUGCUUUUUUUAAAGAUGCAAUAUAGUGUUUAAAACUAUUUUAUGUCAUGCCAUUUAGAGUAGGCAAGAAUAUUUUCAAACAUUAGAUAUACUUUUGUACUGUUUGGUUAAGUGUGCUAUUGCCGAAAUAAACAAAGGGAAACUAUC